AUGGGCUCCGAUCCUCAGUACGCCAAGUGGCCUCUUCUGCCGCUCAGCCAGCAUGUCUUCACCCUCACAAACCAGUACGCCUCCCGAUCCAGCCAAGAAUCCGCCGUCAAGGCUCUUCAAGAUGCCAUUUCCGAGCACAAGAUGGCGCCGUUCUACCGGUACCUCGCCCACCCCAUCGAUGGCAUCCUAAAUGCAUCGAGCUUGGUCGGCAUCAUCGCGACCAAGAACCCCGUCACCACGGUUACGUUGCCCUGGAAUGACGCUCUUUACGAGAAGCUCAAGGCGGAAAAUGACGAAGAGCUCAACGGCUUUCAAAAGGAGGAGGAUGAGGCAGUCGAGAAUGCUGGAGACACUGAGAUCCUCGCCGCUCGAGGAAAGCGGGCUGAUUUCUGGGCUCGUGUCGGUGACAAGGAUCGCGCCAUUACCGCAUACGAAGACGUUUUCGAAAAGACCGGCGUUGUUGGUUCUCGAAUCGACAUUGUUCUCGCGAUAAUAAGAAUGGGCCUGUUCUACGGCGAUAAGCCUCUGGUCAAGAAGCACGUGGAGCGAGCCAAGACCCUCGUAGAAGCUGGAGGUGACUGGGAUCGAAGGAAUCGUCUCAAGGCCUAUGAAGGAAUUCACCUCCUCACUGUCCGAUCGCACAACCUUGCUGCUCCUCUCCUCCUCGACAGCUUAUCCACAUUUACCAGCUACGAGCUUUGCACCUACUCGUCCCUCGUCGUCUACUCCGUCCUUGCCGGAUCUGUCUCGCUUAAGCGCCUCGACUUCAAGUCCAAGGUCGUCGAUGCCCCCGAAAUCAAGGCCAUCCUUGGCGAUGGAGAGGACAAGCUCCUUGCCCUCAGCGGCGCCAUUUCCGCCGGUCCCAGCGGUGACGAUACCAUGGAUGUCGAGCAGGACCCGCAGUCAGCGACCAAGACUACGGUAGUUAACCUCACUACCCUCGGAAGCGCCGUGGACCAGCCCGAGGCUGAGCUCGCCAUCGACUUCUCGCCUCUCUCUCUCCUCGUGACGAGCCUGUACAACGGACGCUACAAGGCCUUCUUCCAGGCUCUCGCCCAAGUCGAGGAGCAGUUCCUCAACCAGGAUCGGUACCUCCACGAACACAAGAACUGGCUCAUCCGUGAGAUGCGCCUUCGUGCCUACCAGCAGCUUCUCCAGAGCUACCGAGUUGUAGGCCUCGAGAGCAUGGCCAACGACUUUGGCGUCACCGUCGACUUCCUUGACAGGGACCUUGCCAGGUUUAUUGCCGCGGGCCGUAUUCCUUGCACUAUUGACCGUGUAUCGGGCAAGGGCGGCAUCAUCGAAACCAACCGCCCCGACGACAAGAACAAGCAAUACCAGGAUCUUGUGCGCCAAGGCGACCAGCUUAUCACCAAGCUCCAAAAGUACGGCCAGGCCGUGCGACUACGAGGAAGUGAGAGGGCAUAA